GAUUAUAAUUCCAAUAUAUAUUUGAAUUCCAGCUCAAUUACAACCACAUACAAAAUGCAGGGCACACCAAUUAAAUACCACCUAUUGCUCUGUGCACUACUGUGUCACAACUGUCACCCUGUAAUAACACAACGCACUUCGUUGGAUGUCACAUUCCGAAACUUGUAUCGACCCCUACGUUUGAUUGGCUUAAAUUUUGCCGGGCGUUCAGGUGACAAUCCGGAUAAUCGACAACUUGUGCGCGAUAUGGGCAAAACGCAAAAUCUCAACACACGCGCGCGUUCGUUGGUGAAUUUCUGCGAUGCGCUGAAUGGACCCGGAAAACGUAGUGAAACACGCCCGACAUCGGUGCAUCGUUUACGACCCGGUGAUAUAGAUAUCGUUGGUGCUAUGGGUGAUUCACUAACAGCUGGUAACGGUAUUUUCGCGACAAAUUUAUUACACAUUACGGUAGAGAAUCGAGGUAUGGUCUGGAGUAUUGGUGGGCAAGGCACUUGGCGACAGUAUUUAACGAUGCCAAAUAUUUUGAAGGAAUUCAAUCCGAACUUGUAUGGCUACUCGCUGAAAGAUGGGCUCUCCACCGAUCGCAGUUCGAAAUUCAACGUCGCUGAGUUGGGCGCCAUGUCACGUGAUAUACCUUACGAAGCGCAAGUGCUAGUCAAACGCUUGUCACGUGAUCCGAAAGUGAAUAUGACCACAGAUUGGAAGCUUAUCACUCUACUCAUUGGUAAUAACGACUUUUGUUCAGACGUCUGUUUUCUGCCACGACCAGAGGAUGCGAUCAAGCAGCAUGAAGAAAAUAUGGUGAAGACUUUUCGUUAUUUACGUGAUAAUGUGCCACGUCUAAUGAUAAAUGUAGUGCCAUCGCCAAAAUUGGAUUUCCUCGUGCCUUUGAGUACGAAAACACCCGUUUGUCAUACGACCUUGUCAUUCGAAUGCCCUUGUUUAGUGGGUAAGCCCAAGCCGCAAUUGGUAAAAAUGAUAAAACUGAUGAAAGAUUGGGUUGCGAAGGACAAAGAGAUCGUGAAUAGGGACGAGUUUAAUACGGAGACAUUCACCAUUAAUCUGCAGCCGUUUACACUAUUCGAAGAUUUCUUUCCCAGUAACGAUGACGCAAUGAAAUUCAAAUUUCUGUCCGAGGACUGCUUCCAUUUGAGUCAGCGUGGUCAUGCGAUUAGCGCCAAUUAUCUCUGGAAUAAUAUGCUUGAAGACGAAGACAAUAAAAGUAUUAUGGAUGAACCUACUUUAUUGAAGACAUUCCGCUGUCCCACCGAGGCGCGUCCUUACUUAGUGACACGUGUCAAUAGCGCAAAAGAUUUUCUAGUUUGACUUUGAACAGCAAACACCUCGUCACCCAUUAACGGCAAUCUUUAAUUAUAAAUAUUUAUAUGUAGUUUAUAGUUAGUCAUGUAAUUAAUCCCUGUGAUAAUAUAAUUAGAAUGUAAUUAGACUACUUUUUAUAAAAAUCCAUGAGCAAAUUGUAGGGAAAAUUAUUUAUGUAAAAUAUUUGUACACGUGAUACUUGUGAAGUAAAACAAUAAACUGUAUUAUUUGCAAUUAAGUUAAUAAUUAUAUAAAUAAACGCAGAUGUGGCAAAUCUA